UGGGUAAGUACAUGAUGGAGGUGUGGUACCAGUCCCCGUACCCGGGCGACGCCGCGCGGGUCCCGCGCCUGUUCGUGUGCGAGUUCUGCCUCAACCACCACAAGAGUGCCACCGGCGCGCAGCGACACAAGGUCAAGUGUGUGUGGAGGCAUCCGCCGGGAGAUGAGGUGUACAGAAAAGACAACCUAAGCGUAUGGCAAGUGGACGGCCGUAAACACAAGCAGUAUUGCCAGCAGCUGUGCCUGCUCGCCAAAUUCUUCCUUGACCACAAGACGCUGUACUACGAUGUGGAGCCGUUCCUGUUCUACGUCAUGACGAAUGCUGAUCAUGAGGGCUGUCAUAUUGUCGGGUACUUCAGUAAGGUAAGUAAUAGCUUAGUGUUCUAUCUUGCUGUUAUACAGAGGUUGGCAACCUCUUUUGGUUUGUUGCAUAUUUUCACAUAUGCCAAUGAUUUGCUUGCAUUGUGUGAUCCACGAAUGUUUAUUCUGUGUGUGGGUGUCUUCGUGUAUACAUUUGCGUACAUGACUUGUAUGUUUGUGGAACCCCCUCGACACUAGAUUUUUUUCAAAGGA